AUGGGUAGUACAGAACAUAACCUGAGGGCCUGGUGGAAAGAGAGCUCGGUAUACCAAGUAUACCCUGCGUCCUACCAAGAUUCUACAGGUUCUGGUGUUGGUGACCUUAAGGGUAUCAUUUCUCGAGUCGACUAUCUCAAAGACCUGGGCGUCGAUAUCGUGUGGCUUUCACCCAUCUUUAAGAGCCCUCAGAUUGAUAUGGGGUAUGAUAUCAGUGACUAUUACACUAUCGACCCGCCAUAUGGUGAUGUCUCAGAUGUUGACGUCCUUAAGGAUAAGCUCCACGAGAGAGGCAUGAAACUGGUGCUUGACCUAGUAAUGAAUCAUACCAGUGACCAACAUGAGUGGUUCAAGGAGUCUCGCAAGUCCAAGGACAACCCUUACCGUGACUGGUACAUUUGGAAGCCUGCAAAAUACGAUGCGGAGGGGGAAAGACAUCCUCCCAACAAUUGGGAUGCUCAUUUCCAAGGAAGUGCCUGGGAGUACGACGAAACCACAGAUGAAUACUACCUCUGUCUCUUCUGCAAACAACAACCAGAUCUGAACUGGGAGAACCCAGCUGUUAGGAAGCAGGUCCACGAGGUCAUGCGUUUCUGGCUCGACCGAGGCGCCGAUGGUUUCCGCAUGGAUGUCAUCAACUUUGUUAGCAAGGACCAAGCAUUCCCUGACUCAGACAAGACUGUGCUCCGUGGUCACGAGUACUACGCCUGCGGCCCCAGAUGCCACGAGUUUCUCAAAGAGAUUGGAACUAUCCUCCAAGAGUAUGAUGCUUUCAGCGUUGGCGAGAUGCCUUGUGUUCACGAUGAGCGUGAGUUGAUCAAGGCGGUCCGCGGUGAUCGUGGGGAACUCAGUAUGAUUUUCCACUUCGAGCUCAUGGAUCUCGAUCAUGGUAUCAAGGGAAAAUUCACACCUAGAACCUGGGACCUGUCUGAGCUAAAAGCCACUACCCUCAAGUGGCAGAAGUUCAUGUACGACAACGAGGGAUGGAACGCACUAUACCUAGAAAACCACGACCAGCCACGAGCAAUCAGUCGUUUCGCCUUCGAUGACCCUGAGCACCGCGUUGCCAGCGGAAAGACGAUUGCCAUCUUCCUCGGAUUCCAGUCAGGCACACCAUUCAUCUACCAAGGUCAAGAAAUUGGCAUGACCAAUGUCCCCAAAGACUGGGAUCUGGAAGAGUACAAGGACCUUGACUGUCUUCGUCACUGGGAUCUCCAUAAGGAUGACGAUAUCACAGCUCGUGAAUCUUACAAGGUUGAGUAUCAGAAAAAGUCCCGCGACAACGCUCGCACUCCCAUGCAGUGGGACGCAAGCCCCAACGCAGGCUUCACCACAGCGGAUGCCAAACCCUGGAUGCGUGUUAACGACAACUACAAAGAGGUCAAUGCAGCAUCGCAGACUUCAGAUCCCAAUUCCGUGUACAGCUGCUAUCGCAAAGUGUUGCAGAAGCGCAAGGAACAUGUGGACGUCUUUGUAUAUGGCAGCUUCCAUCUUGUAGAUGACUCUCACGAGAAGAUCUUUGCUUACUCCCGACGAGCUGACAAUGGGGAUACUGCUCUCGUCGUAUGCAACUUCACUACUGACGCAGUUGCAUGGACCCUGCCCAGCAAGGCUCGAGAGGUACUGAUCAGCUCAGAGGGAAGAACACUGGAGGAUGUGAACAGCGCCGAAAUCAAGUUGGCUCCCUGUGAGGCCUUUGCGGUCCUUCUCAAGUAA